AUCAUUACCCUGCCCCUCGACAAUCCCCAAGCCGCCCGCGUGCGCAAACGCAGUGCCUCGGAAAGUGUUCCCGAGCAGGAAUUCUCGCGGCCACAGGCGGUGUCAUGGCCGACCCCCGGCGGCACAACGGUGCACGGCCUCUUCUACCCGCCGAGCAGCACCCGCUUCCAGGGCAUCGGCCUGCCACCCGCGAUUGUCUCUAUUCACGGCGGCCCCACCUCGCAAGCGGUGGCAAGCUUUCACCCGGCAACGCAGUUUUUCACCACGCGCGGUUACGCCGUGCUGCAGGUCAAUUACCGCGGCAGCACGGGCUACGGCCGGGAUUACACUGAGGCGCUGCGCGGCACCUGGGGCGUUUACGACAUCGAAGACGCGAUCAGCGGGGCGGGUCAUCUCGUCGAGCAGGGAUGGGUGGACGGCGGCAAGCUGGUCAUCAUGGGCGGCAGCGCCGGAGGUUAUACGGUCCUGCAAGCAUUGGUGAACCAUGUCGGUUUCUUCAGAGCCGGCAUCAGCAUGUACGGUAUUUCAGACCUGUUCGCCCUGGUGGCCACGACCCACAAAUUCGAGGCGCAUUACCUCGACCAGUUGAUCGGCCCGCUGCCGCAAGCGGCCGGCUUGUACCGCGAACGCUCGCCCCUGUUCGCCGCCGAAGCCAUUCGCGACCCCGUGGCGGUGUUUCAGGGCGAGAUCGACCAAGUGGUGCCCAAGGCGCAGGCCGACGCAAUCGUCGCCUCCCUGGUGAGCCGCAGCGUGCCGCAUGUUUACCAUGUCUACGCCGGCGAGGGACACGGCUGGCGCAAGACCGAAACCAUCGCGCAUUUCUACGGCGCGGUGGAUGCCUUUCUCCGCCAGUACGUCCUGUUUACGUGA